UUUCCGUAUGACGGUCGCAGCGCCACAGCGGUCCGGCAGUCGAAUCAGUCGAUUAUAAUCUGUCGUCCUAGUCUGUGGUGGCGUUAAUAGUCCGCAGGUAGCCGUUCAACCGUCGUCGAUCCGCCUGAGUUUUCGUCAGCGAAAAUCCUAAAGAAAACAGCGCAACACGACAUCAAUAAUGGCCACCGAAAUAACAACAGUUGAUAGCCAAGAUUAUAAAUUCAACCCUUUGAAUUUUGGUUCCUUACAUUUUACCGUCAAAGCAUCAAACGAUGCUCAUAUUGCAUUAACUGCUACUGCAGAAAACAAGCCGCCCAAAUAUGAGAUAUUCCUCGGAGGUUGGGGUAAUACCAAAUCUUCUAUACGUAAAAACAAUGAAGAACCAGACAAGGUUAUUGUUGAUACUCCAAAACUAUUAAAUGGUGGUGAAGCCAGAGGAUUUUGGAUCAAAUGGGGUGGUGGUUUUAUUGGUGUAGGAAAACAAGGAGAAGAAAAACCAUUUAUGUCAUGGCAAGAUGAUGAAUCUCUAAAUGUGUUGUUUUAUGGUGUUCGUAGUGGAUGGGGAGCUACAGGUGUAUGGACUAUUGAAGAUAAUAUUUAUAUAAACACUGAAGAUAGUAAGGAGUUCAUAUUUAGAGCUAUACUUCAUGGAUCAAUAAGUUUUUCGGUAGAUAGUGCCAAUGAUGCACACAUUGUCUUGGCAACUAAAAAUAAAGAAUCUGAACCUAUGAUAGAGGUAUUACUUGGUGGCUGGAAGAAUACAGCAUCUGCCAUUCGUUACAACAAACAAACACCAGAUAAGGUGCACGUUGACACUCCUCAACUUCUGUGUAAAGACACUCCAAAGAAAUUUGUCAUUUUUUGGAGAGAUGGUGUUUAUGAAGUUUAUGGUGAAAAAACUAAACUAUUUGAAUGGAAAGAUUCAAAUCCAUUUAGCAUUUCUCAUUAUGGAGUACGCACUUGUUGGGGGGCUGUUGGUAAUUGGCACAUUCAUGGUGCAGCAGAUGUUCAAUUUAAAAGCCAAGUAGUUGCUACCCCAAAACCAAAACCUUUAAAAGGAAAAGCUCCACCUGCAGCUUCACCUGGUUGGAACCUUGAUGGACCAUCCUCUGGUCCAGUUCAAUGGAUUCAUGCUAGUAAUGGACAAAUACCACCAAAUGCUUUACCGGGUGGUUUUGAUGCUACUAAUGAACAACUAUAUGUAGCCAGAGCAGAACAUAAUGGAGCUCUGAUUCCUGGUAAACUUGUUCCCUCACAUGGUGUUGUCUAUAUACCUUGGGGUGGUGUUGAAAAUCCCAAAGAAAACUAUGAAGUACUUUGCAACUGUAAUGGUACAUGGGUAAAAGCCAAUAAUGGAGAAAUCCCAGUAGGAGCAUUAUCUUCAGGUCAUUCUGAAGAUGGUGAACCAUUGUUUGUUGGACGUGGUGAACAUAAUGGUUCUUUAACUGUUGGCAAGGAAAAUCAGAAUAAUACAAAACCAGAGAAAACAAAUAAUAUAAUGGCUCAGCAUUAUUUAUGUUUACACUGUAAGGAUAGUUCUUACAUAGAAACACUAAUUCAAUCAUUGAAGAGUUCAUUAGAAAAAGAAAGUGAUGACCAUGAUGUUUUUGGUGCUUAUGUAGCUAUGGAAAUGAGAAACUUGAAAACGACGGAUGCACAAACUAAAUUAAGAGGAGAAAUACGAGAUUGUAUAUCUCGAUUCAUUCGUGAAGAUUUAUCAAACCAUUUAAAAGAUGGUUUAAAAAUGGACACAGUUUCUGGUGAAAAAAAAAAGGACAGUUGGGAACUCAUUAAUUAAUUGUUGAUUCUUAUUUAAUACUACUUAAACAUUAUCUUCAUAUAUUUUUUAAUAAGUAUACAUAAAUAAUGAAUAUAAAAUAUAUUUCUUUUAAUUUAAAGAAUCAUUCAUUACUUAAAUUUAAAUUGGAGCAUAUAAAAAAAAAAAUAGUGUAUUGUAAAACAAUGGUAGGGAUUUUUUUAGUCAAUAGUUAUACAUCAAAACUGAAAGAAAUUCACAUUUUUAGUUAUAUCUGUUGAUAAAUUAAAUUAUAUAGAUAAAUAAUAAAGUUUUUAUUAUACAACUGGGCAAAAUCAAGGUUACUUUAUUGGAAAGCAAAUUAUUAACUUAAUCACAAUUUUUAAAUUAUUUAUAAUAUUUAGCUAUCUACUUAUGAUGAUUAUUAAUAUGUUAACUAUUUUAUUUUAUAUCAAUACGUUUAAAAGAAUAUUUUGAAAAUAACUAUUUCACUUAGUUUUGGCAGUCUAUAAUAUAAUAUAAUAUUGUAUUUUAUUUUUUCAAUUUUCAAAUCUACUUAUCAGUGCUAUAUAUUAUAAUAAAAAAAUGAAAUUACAGUUUUGGAUUAAAAUGUUUUUUUAUGUCUAUUUAACUUAGAAAUAAAUGUAUUAGUCUUACAACUAGUAACAUUUUUUUUCUAUGAACACUCAAAUUAAGAUUACCUACUUAAAAAUGCUUCCGUAAAACAGAUUAGUCACUAAUUAAAGUUACAUGUACACAAACUGACAUUAUCAAAAGAAAACAAAGUUAAUUAAUAUGCUGCAAAACAAUCUAUAAAUUUAUUUUGAAUCAAGACAUUAUGUAUUUUGAAGAGAUAUUUUUCAACUAGUUUCCUUCAACGAAGUAUUGGUAUAACUAAGUUAUGCUUAAUAUCAUCUUUAGAAUGUGGUGUUAAAUUUUAACUUUAAAUUGUAAUGAUAUGAAUUUAUAAUCAAUCUGUAUUAAGAUAUGAGAAGUGAGACCAGUACUUAGACAUUUGGGUCUUCUAGAGUGUACCCUAUUUCAAUUGUAAUUAAAAUGUUUGUAAUAUUAUUUUGAAUAAAUAUAUAUUUAAUGUUCCUAGUUCAAA